AUGUCCCUCCAAGACCAUCUCGUCAUCGCAAAGGCGGUUGUGUGUGCCACGGCCGCGAAGUUGUCGGCUUGGGCCCGUGAAGUAACUCGACUUAGGACGAGUUCGGAGCCACUGGCUACGAACGAGACCUCUGAGCCAAAGGGAGCCUUUGAGCUGUUUUCAAAUCUUCCACCAGAGCUACAGCUCAAGAUCUGGGCUCUCGCACUUCCCGGUGCUCGUGUGGUCGAAGUGAAAGCAAAGCGCGUUAAGAAAACCUUGGGCAGAUUUCGUACGCCCCCUGCUGCAGAGACCAUCGAUCCAAAAUACUGGUAUCUUACUGUUCUUUUUGAGCCAAUUGCCCUUAUGUCCGUCUGUCGCGACUCCCGGGCUGUGGCAUUGAAGUACUAUCAGCUGAGCUUUGGCCGCUGCCUCAAACACCCGAUCUACUUUGACAACAGCAGGGACAUCAUCCUGGGCGCCAGCCUGGAUAUCUUGAUAGCAUUCUGCAACUGGAGCAAUGAUGGUUCAUCGAUCUCUGAGGAUGGAGUUCGAUAUCUCGCAGUCGACCCGCUACACGUCUACAAUCUAAGCACCAAAACAUUUCAUAAGCUUCCCCGAUCCUGGUCGGUACCUAGAUUGGCUGAGCUGGUCACGAUUGUGGGUUCACUCAAAGAAGUGUACAUCCUCGACCUUGAACAAAACCCAGCCGACAUGUUCAGAGUCCUAUUCGUGGUCAAAUUGGCACUUGCCAUUGGAAGGCAUUAUGUCCAGAUCGCUGCCAGCCGAGUCCCUGCGGACGGAGAUAGUGCCCCUGUUGAGGAAGCCAUCCCGCUGCUCACGACAUUACAGUACCAAUACAACUGGCCCGUUCACGAUAUGCAGGAGAUGCUCUUGGCCAAUUUGGUCUAUCAAGAAAAGUGUCGGAAUCUUUCAGUACUGGCUGGGCUCUCGGAGAAGGGAAACACAUAA